UCAGUGGAUGAAUAUAGACCUCGGAGCUUCUCGUCCAGGAGAGGGCGCUGGUGAAACUAGCUGAACCCAAAUCGCCAACCUUCCCGCAGAAGAAGACGCCAGGCUGCCGCUUGACAUCGCAGAAGAAGAAACGGAGCUCUGUCAUGUAACUACAACAGAACCAAGGUUACACCGAAGAUCCCGGAUGAGAGUAUGAACGACAUCUGACAGAAACACUGCGUCGUCUUGUCUCGGUCGUGAUGAGCGUCCCGGGGUUCUUGUCCUCCGCUGCCCGAAGCCUUAGCCUUCCGUGUCCCACCGCCGGUCUGCUCUGCUGCCGGCUGCUGGUCCAGCCCAGCUCCAUCAGAAGAAGAAAUAUGUCCUCCAAAAGACAAAUGGACCACCUGGAGAGGACAGCAAGCAACUCCAGACAAAGUCCUCUGUAUCCUGCUCAAGUAUGUGGAAUGAUAAAUGAGUCAGAGACGGUGAAACGUUUGAGGAUAGCCGUCCAUCCAGACUUCAGCUUUAAAGCGGGACAGUGGGUGGAUUUCUUCAUCCCCGGUGUGGAGAAGGUGGGAGGUUUCUCCAUGUGCUCCAGUCCGUGUUUGCUACAACGGGAAGGGGUCGUUGAACUGGCCGUAAAAUACACCAAACACCCCCCGGCACACUGGGUCCACACUACGUGUGAAGUGGGCUCCCAGGUGGCCAUGCGUGUUGGCGGGGACUUCUUCUUUGACCCGUCACCUUCUGAUCCCUCUGUGGAUUUGCUUCUGGUGGCUGGCGGCGUCGGGAUCAACCCUCUGUACUCCAUUCUGUUGCACGCUGCAGAUCUGCAGCAUCUCAACCACUCCUCCGGCAGCGCUGACUACAACAUCGGCUCUGCUCACCUCUGCUACAGCGCCAAGAACACCCACGAGCUGCUCUUCCAGAGCUCCAUCAUGGAGGCGUGUCGGGAGUUCCCUGACAAGUUCUCCUGUGACUUCCACGUCACGCAACAGAGCACAGAUGUCGACCCACACCUCCAGCCAUUCAUCAACCGUGGGAGAAUCACAGAGGAGGAGCUGCGGGCUCAUGUGGACCCACAGAGGACUUUGUGUUACCUGUGCGGGCCCCCGCCCAUGAUCGAAGCCAUUUCGAAAACCCUCAUGGACCUCGGCCUCUCGAAAGACAGGAUCAUCUUCGAGAAGUGGUGGUAGAACCUCCGACAGUUUGCAGAAAUCAACAGGAGGACACAAAGGGUGUGGCAAGAACGGAAAGGAACCGAGAUAUUCCAGCGAUGUGGACAUAAAUAUGAGAGCUCGAGCAGCUGAGGAAAUUCAUCCUCUGAUCCCUGCUGCUGCAACCUGUGCCUGAACCAGCAAUAGACCCCCGGGACCGCCCACGCUUCUGUUAUCAGCUGACUCCGGGAGCGGUUUUUAUUUUUUAUUUUAUUUCUCAUCCUUCAAAAAGGAAGACUGAAAAAGACAGUAAAACUUUAAGACAUUUUUACUGCCUUGCUGAAGUGACCCCUUCAUUAUCAUGAUAGACACGUUACAUACCUUCAGAUUCCAUAUUAUCAGCCUCCACUUGCCUGACUGAGGUUCUGCUUAAACAGAUUAAUAGGUGAUGUUUAGUUUUACCCAGAAUUCUUACCAAAAUAUUGACGCACCAAUUAACCUAUGCAAGCAUGUCUUAAAGGAUUAGUUUGACAUUUUGGGAAAUGCACUUCUUCGCUUUCCUGCCAAGGUUUAUAUGGGUAAAUGACGCCACUGUGUUUGGUAAAUAUAAACCUGCAGUUAGCUUAGAAUAAAGACAGUAAACAGCAAGAAACUGCUUUUAAGGUUCUCUCCAAAGGAAACUAAGCUCAUUUCAUGUGGCUUAUCUCAUUUGUUUAUUAAUCCGUACAGUGUAAAGCAGACAUUUUUGUACUUUUACGUGGGGUCACGUGUCGAUGAAUUGCCAGGAUGUCAAUCACCCAGAUCCAGCACAUAACCUCCUUCAUAAUACUGACAUUUGUUUUUACACAACAGUUAAAAUCAAUCAAGCCGCACCAAAUUGCCCACUCUCGUUGAUAUCGGUUCUUUAAAUAUACCUGAUUGUUUUCAUCAAGAUCUCUGGAUUAUUCCCUGGGGAAGUGGUGAAAAUGUCACCCCAUAAAAACAUGAUUUUCGUUUAAAACAAACAGGAGGAAAAAAAUGGAUUAACUGAUAAAAACAAAUACAGUAGGAGGGGUCAAAUUUGAGCGAUGAAUUAUGUGAUUUGAUUAACUUAAAGCUGAUUUGACUAAAACUGUUGUAAUAUGAUGAAAACAUAACCAUGUUUUAUCAUUUCCCACAAAAUUGUCAUUAUCAUUGUGGGUAAACAGCCUCAAGUGUUGAAGUGACACAAAAUAACUGAGGUUUUAAUUUAGAAUUAAUAAUGGAGGUGAUGAAAAAUGUGUGGUGUAUAGCCGUUUGUACCAUUGCUAUUUUCUUUUCAAACUGUAUCGCUCAGAUAAUCAACUGUGCUGUGCCUCCAUCCAUUAUUCACAAAAACCUGACUGACAUUUAUUUAAAACAUGCAAUUUAAAAAAAUCAUAAAUAAUUCCUUACUCUAUUUUAUGUUUACUUCACAAGCUCAAUUUCUAUUACUCCUCAUGGGCUGUUUGCUCCUGUCCAUUUGUUUGAUUUAAUAACCUCCUCAGAUGAGGUAAAAAAUUAGAUAUGUGUCUUUAAAUAUCCAGGCCAGUGGUUUCUCCCUGUUUCUAGUUAACACUUGAAAUAUAUCUUUACCUUAAACACUUUGCAAGAAAGCAAAUAAGCACAUUUUUCUAAAUGUCAAUCUACUGCUUUCAAUUCUCUAGAACCGAGAACCCUUGAACAAUAGCAAAGUCUUCUGUUUUUACACUGCACUGAAGUGUUUGAGUGAUUUUCAUUUAUACAAAUACCUCUGAUGCUAACUUGAUAAAAUGUUUUAAACCA